UAGUUCAUAUUUUCUCCAUACCUAUCGCUGAAGUCAUACACGCUUGAAGCGAAAGAUAGUGAACAACCCUAACAAUACCAUUUACUGAUUUAAAAGACAGAAGUAGUUUUUAUUGAGCUAAUAGUAUGUUCGUGAUUGCGCACGUUAACAUAUAAUUCUUUUGUUUUUAUACUGAUUCAUUCAAUAAGAUAAUUUCAGAGUAAAAAAAGAUUUUAAAUUUUAAUUAUUAUUAUUAAAAAUUGAAUAAGUCAAUAUAUAAUUUUAAUUAUUUGACAGUAGAACAAAAUUAAUCUCAAUCAAUCUCGUGAUAUUGAAAAGAAUUCAUUUAUCGCUAAUAUCUUUAGAUAAUCGAAAUAUCAUACAGUUACUUUUACGUGCUUCAAUUGUUCUAUAUUUCAAAAAUGCGCGUUUUUAUAAAUUUAUUAGGUAGAGAAAUGUAUUUAUUUCACAAAGGAAUGAACAAUUUUGGAAUGAAAUUGAGAAAAUUUCAUGAAAGUUGCUUAGUAUAUUCCUUGAGACAAGAUAUAAUUUCAAACAAUGGUAUUUCAAAUGUUUUGACUAAAGAACAAGCCAAUAUAUUAGCAGGAAAAUUAUCUCCAGAAGAGCGAAAUAUUCUGAUGACUGCUUUGAGCAAAUAUAAAUCUAUGGAUGAUAAAGCUUUAUAUGAAGCUCAAUUAGCAGGUAUUCGUUGGAGAAGUAAACUUGGAAGGCCUACAAAAUUGCCUACUCUUGGUGAUGUCGAUCCUACUGGUAGUUACUGUCCUUUACCCGAAGACUGGCUUCUUCAUAAGUCUGCAAUUGUAUUUUUGCAUUCUUUAUGGAUAUUAAUAUUUGAAAAUGAUGCAAGACCGAGUAAUAGAAUUCUUCUAAAAGUUGCAUUUAUAAAUAGUAUUCCAUUCAUUGCCUUUGGUUUUCUCGACAACGCCAUCAUGAUAGUUGCUGGUGACUACAUUGAAAUUUUUCUGAGCAACAAAUUUCCUAUUUCAACUAUGGCAGCUGCAGCUUUAGGAAAUACUGUAUCUGAUAUCAUAGGAAUUGGAUCUACAAAUUGGGUAGAAAGUUUAGUAGAAAAGGUAGGAAUUAAGAGACCAUAUUUAAGCAAUGCACAAUCAAAAUUACGAAGGACAAGGAUGGCUGUAAAUUUAGGUAGAGUGGUUGGAAUUACAAUAGGAUGUCUAGUUGGAAUGAUAACAAUACCAGCGGUAAACUUUUUCUGCAAUAGAUAAACAAAUUUAUUCUACAAUGUACUCUCUACUGCAUUUUCGACCACAUGGAAAAAUAUUUAUAAAACUAUUAGCACAUUUUAACGAUGGAAAACAAUUUUACGAAUCUUAAUGGACAUAUGUUUAAACUGUAUCUAUAAAUAUCACAAAUGUCAAUUCCGUAUCUUAACGUCCUACCUGAUACUAAAAUGGAUUAUACAUUAAAUAUUUGCAAUAAUUAUAAUUACACUGUAUAAAUUGGAUUCUUAAUUUUUAUAAUAAUUUUUUUCACUUUGAAGUUACUUAAUUUUUAAAAGGCAUGAGAUAAAUCAAAAUUGUUGAAAUUAUGAUUUCAAGAUUAUUAUUAAAGUAUAUUUAUUAUAGAGAUUUUUUAUUAUAAUCAGAUUUAUACAUUGUAUGUAAAUUGAUAUAAAAUAUAUAUAUAUAUACACAUAUAUAUAUAUAUUUUUUUUAUGUAACUUUUAUAAAAUUUCUAAGUAAAUUACCUAAAGUUUACCUGCAGUUUAAGUAGAAAAAAAUUUUUUUCCAUAAAUGUUUACAGAAAAUAUAUGCGACUGCUUGUUAGGAAAAUAUUUCUAAACCAAAAAUUCCUAAUAAAAGUCUUUUUCAUUGUAGAAUUAAUUCCGUAGAAGAAUUAGUAUCGAGUAUAAAUUUACUUAUAGUAGAAAAUGUAAUAUAAUCUGUAAAGUGUAAUUGGUUCAUUGGUUGAGAUUUCAAAUAUGUAUCUUCAGGAAGCCAAGUAGCCAUAGAAUGUAUCCAACAUUUCCAAGAUAUGCUUACUACUUCAUUUUUUUCACAUAUUUUAUCAGACUUUGUAGCAUGUAUAAAAUCCAUCGUUGUAAAUAUAUCAGGUAUCUCAAUA